UGUCUCACCUAGGGGUAUAGGGUCCUUCCUUCCCCCGAACCUUUUGCCCCCUAGCUUGUUGCAAGAGAAAAUUUUCUCCAAAAUAAACAAAUUUUACUGUCUGAAUUUCUAUCUAAAUUCCACAAAAUAUUACUAAAAUUUCUUCAUAAUCCCCCAAUAUCACUGCUGAUUAAUCUCUUUGAUUGUUCCUAGCUAAUUUCUCCAUUUCAAUAUUGUUAGGGCGUUGAUGUCCCCUGAUGAAACCUGAACAAUUUUUUCUCUCAAGGUAAUAUAAUAUGUCCGUCGCUAAUUCUUUUUUAUGUUGAGAUUAUAUCAUCAAAUAAAGGGUACUUUCCAAAGGAUGUAGAUUAAUUGGUUAAUUUAGCAUUGAAAUUCAUGUAGCAUAUAGCCAUGAAUUGUAAGUAUUAUUCAAGAAUCUGAGAAUGCCUUAUCGUGUCACCGCGAGGGCAAAAUCAUUUUCUUCCCAACCGUCUCAGGCUCAAAAAUUAAAAGAUGAUCCUGUAGAUCCUAAAAAUGCUCAAGGUAGCGUUACGUGCGUUUACCAGUCUCAUAUCGGGGGCUAUUGGCGUAAUGUGACCGUUAUAUGGAGAAAGAACUUGAUGAAUCAUUGUCUCACCAUAUCCGUUGAUAGCGUAGAAAAUGAAGAUCACAGAACUUGCAAGAUUGACCUUAAACCUUGGCAUUUUUGGGCCAAAAAAGGUUACAAGACAUUUGAGGUUGAUGGAAAUCAAUUGGAGGCUUAUUGGGAUUUAAGAUCAGCAAAAUUUUCAGGUAGUCCUGAACCAUUUAAAGAUUUUUAUGUUGCAUUAAUUUCAGAGGAAGAAGUUGUUUUAUUAUUAGGUGAUUACAAGAAAAAAGCCUAUAAGAGAACUAAAUCAAGGCCAGCACUUGUAGAUGCAUUAUUGUUUUACAAAAAGGAACAUGUAUUUGGUAAGAAAAGUUUCUCAACAAGGGCUAAAUUUGAAAACAACAAAAAAGAAAGUGACAUUGUGGUUGAAAGUUCAACUUCAGGGCCAAGAGAUCCUGAAAUGUGGAUAAGUAUAGAUGGGAUUGUAUUGAUUCACAUAAAGAAUUUGCAGUGGAAAUUCAGAGGAAAUCAGACAGUACUAGUGAACGAGCAGCAGGUACAAGUAUUUUGGGAUGUGCAUUCUUGGUUGUUUUGUGAACCUGGUUCUAGUCAUGGAUUGUUCAUUUUCAAGCCAGGGGUGUCUGAAUUUGACAGUGAUAAAGAGGGAAGUAGUAGCCUUGGAGGUGACAGCGAUUGCAGCGAUCACACAAAGUAUUAUUCGACGUUGAGUCACUCCAAAGCUUCGCCCUUUUGCCUUUUCUUGUGCGCAUGGAAGAUUGAGUGAUGAUUGAUGAGAGAACGAGAACAAGCGUAGGUGGUAUGAAUGUCAUAAGUGGAGGCAUGAGCAGAGGCAAACCAGAAUGUAAACUUGAUGAGCUCAACCUUUAAGGUUCUUAAAAUUUACAUUUGUUGUUAUAUUAGUGAUAUUUCACCUGUAUAUUUAUGUACUGUAACGAAAAUUAUUGGUUCAAUUGAACUCAUCAAACCCAAGGUCCAUUUGACGCUAGGCAUGGGUCUUUCUCACAACGAUAGGAAGCCUAAAAAUGAGUUUAUUCCAAAUUGAAUGGAAAAUUUGGAG